AAAUCAUACAAGAAGGUUUCAUGGAUACAUAAUCAAAAUGAACAUUGGCCAUGAUAUAGUUGUGGCGAAUGCUCUUGUUGGUGCCUAUGCUGGACUCCAUAUGGUUGAUGAUGCAUGGCGUAUAAUAGGUGAAAUGCAUCAUAGAGAUGUUAUCACAUAUACAAGCAUAGCGAGCAAACUUAACCAAUUAGGACUUUUUGAAAUGGCUUUGGAGGUGAUCAGUUACAUGCAAGAAGAUAACAUUGAGAUGGAUGGGUUUACCCUGUCCACUGUCUUGUCAGCAUCAGCCAGCUUAGGUGCAAUACUGCAGGGGAAGCAACUUCAUUGUUACGCUAUUAAAUCUGGCUUCAGUGGCUGGACCUCAGUCUCAAAUGGUUUGAUUGCUUUUUAUGGCAAAUGUGGGUGCAUGCAUGAUGUAAAGAGAGCCUUUGAUGAAGCUUGUCAGCCAGACGUAGUCUCAUGGAACAGCUUGAUUUUCAGCCUAGCAGUUAGCGGUCACUUCUCCUCUGCUCUCUCCACUUUUGAAGACAUGAAGUUAGCAGGAGUUAGACCUGAUUCCACAACAAUAUUGGCGGUUCUAUCUGCUUGCAGACGUUGUGGUUUGGUUGAUAUGGCUUUAGAAUAUUUUCAUUCUACUAGAGAAGCAAAUGAUGCAGUCCCAGAAUUAGAGCAUUACGUUUGUUUGGUUGACCUACUAGGCAGAGCUGGCAGGAUGCAGGAGGCAAUGGCUAUAAUAGAGACGAUGCCUUUCAGGCCUGAUGCAUUGAUCUACAAAACAAUGUUGAAUGCCUGCAAAAUACAUUCAGAUGUACCCCUUGGUGAAGAAAUGGCAAGUCGAGGUCUUGAACUUGAACCUUGUAAUCCAGCAUUUUAUUUGCUUCUUGCAGACAUGUAUGAGAACUCCGGCAAAUCUGACCUAAGAGAGAACCUGCGCAUGAUGAAAGAGAGAGGCAUAAUACAGAAAGAUUAUAGCAAUAGCUGGAUGGAGAAAAGCAACAUGGUCCCUCUGUUAAUUGCUGGAUAUGUACCAUCUUAACAUGAUACUUGAACAUAGCAGACAGAAUGUAAAGCUAAAAUGGUAUUCAUACAAAUGCUCGUGAGAAUCCUAAUCUCACAGUCUCAGAUUGGAAGUGGCACGUGGUCUUCUUUACAACAGACAACAGCUUCAGUGUUUUAAUGAGGUGAAGGUCCCAGUAAAGCUUACUGGAUGUGGUAUAAGCAAGAUAAGGAAAUGAACCAAUUGUGACUGAGCUGCUUUCAGAAUUCAGACAGAAAGAUGUUUUUGCUUCAUGAGAUGCUGAAAAGAUACAUUCUAACUGGCAAGUAACUUUUUUCUUUUUUUUUCUAGAUUCAAGUUCAUAUAACCGUCUCUAUUGUCAUUUUUCAGAGUUUCUCUGUUUAAAAAACUGUACUCGCUGGAGGAGAUUCUUUGACAACUAGUCAACUACAGUGAGGAGGUGAAGGGAUGUUAGCUAGCAGAAAUUUCGGCUUUCGGACCAAUGGCAACAACUCGUUUUUCAUUUACUUUGGAUUGUGGGAUAUGGUCGAUUUGGAUUUGAGAUUCUUAUCCAAAUCCUUUAUAUAUCUGGUUUCCCAAUAGGUAUCUGGAAUUCUGGACUUGAAAUCCAACAUAAAAUUCAGAGGGAUUUUGGGAGUUUAAAAUUACUCGAUUUCAAAAUCUUCCAUAUAGAUGUCAUUACCAUUCUCAAUCUUAGACCUUUCUCGUUUAAGGUGUA